AUGAGGUUUUCUCGCGCUUUUUCCACCAAUGGCGUCCCUGCCAAAAAGAUAAAAUACGUGCCCACCUCAGGCACCUAUCCCAAGGGCUUCUCAGCAGCCGGCGUCUUCUGCGGCGUGAAGCCAGGAAAUAGCAGCAAGCCCGACAUUGCCCUGGUGACCUCUGACCGCGACUGUGCCGCCGCCGCCGUCUUCACCAAGAACAAGUUCCAGGCUGCUCCCGUCACCUUCAGCCGAAAGUUGCUGCAGAGCAAGUCCAAUGCCGGGCUGCGAAGCGUCGUCGUCAACUCUGGCAAUGCCAACGCCGUCACCGGCAUCGGAGGCCUUGACGAUGCCGCCAGAAUGGCCGAGACCACGGACCAGAGGGUCGGAAGCGAGAACUCAACCAUCGUCAUGAGCACAGGGGUCAUUGGCCAGAGGUUGCCGAUUCAAAAGAUUGUCGACCACAUUCCCCUGGCCAUCCAUCGCGCUGGCGCCACCCACAAGGACUGGCUCAAUUGCGCAGCGGCCAUUUGCACGACCGACACGUUCCCAAAGCUCAUGUCCAGGUCGUUCGAGCUUCCCUGUUCCCCGGGCGUUGAAUACCGCAUUGCGGGCAUGACCAAGGGCGCCGGCAUGCUGGCGCCCAACAUGGCCACCCUCCUGACCAUCCUGGCGACAGAUGCUCCCAUUGCCCCCGGCAUCACGACCGACCUCCUUCGCCGCGCCGUGGACAAGUCCUUCAACUCCAUCACCGUCGACGGCGAUACCUCUACCAACGACACCGUCGCUCUGUUGGCAAACGGUGCUGCGGGCGGCAUCCCCGUGUCCUCCCAACACUCACCCGACUACCAAGCCCUCCAGACGGUGCUGACCGACUUUGCCACCGAUCUAGCCAAGUACAUUGUCCGCGACGGCGAGGGCGCCACCAAGUUUGUCACCAUUCGUGUGGUCAAGAGUGCCUCGGAAGAGUCGGCCCAGCAGGUUGCCCGAGCCAUUGCCCUCUCGCCGCUGGUCAAGACUGCGCUGUACGGCAGAGACGCCAACUGGGGCCGCAUUCUGUGCGCGGCGGGCUACUCGCUCAUCUCCAGGCCCGGGCAGCCGGCGAACCAGGUCCCCGAGAUUGUCCCCGAGAAGACGAGCGUUUCAUUCAUCCCCACCGACGGGUCCGACGAGCUCAAGCUGCUGGUCAAUGGCGAGCCCGAGGUCGUUGACGAGAAGCGCGCGAGCGAGAUUCUCGAGAUGGAAGACUUGGAGAUUCUAGUGAGCCUGGGCACUGGUAGGGAGAGUGCCGUGCACUGGACUUGCGAUUUGAGCCACGACUACGUUACCAUCAAUGGGGAUUACCGGACCUGA